AUGUUGUCAAACUGCGGGGGCAGAAAUGGGAGUUUUCGUCCCAGGUCUAUCCCUUCCGUCUUGUCAGCUUCAUCGCCGCUGUGGUGCGCCAGACGGCAUCGCCUGACGAAUGCAAGUAUUUUGUCCAACAUGAAGAGCAUGGCGGAUGAGACAAAUGACCUUACAUCCAAAAUUGUAUACGCUACGCGACGACAGCAAGAUGCCGUGGCGUGGGCUAUCAAGGAAAAAGAGUUGUUGUCGGAGAAAGCAAAGCGACAAUUGGAGGAAGAAACACGCCGUCAGCAGGAGGAAGAAAAAAUUGAGGCGUAUUUAAAAGAGGUGGCGGAGACGUCUGGAUCCGCCGCCGCGGAGGCAGCACGACGGAAGAUCUCAAGGGCUAAAUCACCUUACAUUCGCUCUGUGGAUGCCUUUGGUGAGAAGAGUGUGAAGCUGCAACACUCCUUCUCUGGUUUAGCCGAUAAUAGAAUCAUUACAUGGUGGGAAAGGUUAUACUGGAAUUACCUGCGGUAUAUCUUUACGCACGAAAGACUCAUUGCGAAGGACCGUUUUGGGAAUAAGUUUACCGUGACGUGGCAGUUCCAGAAGGGACGGGAGGAGCAGCGUCGUAUGUAUCGCAAGGACUCCAACAAGAAGCAUUUACCAUACGGUUCGCUUGCGACGGAUGACCGAUUAUGGGAGCGUUGGAUGCGAGGACACCGUGGCGACCCUCCUAGCGUAGCGGAGGAGGAGCACUCUAGGGAAUACAAAAAACAGUACUUUGGCGCUAUGGUCCUUGAGGAGGAAGAGGUGGAGGACGCAUUGAUGCGUAUUAUGGCACAUAUGAACCGUUCACAGCAGACAUUUCAAGAGCUUGACGACGAUCAGGUUUACGGUGAUGCCCACCGGGCCAUGAAACCUCUGCGUCAGGCAGAACACCACCCAGAGAAGGAGCAUGCCACAAAGGCACAGUCUGGGGCAACAUGGACACUUGGCUUCGUUCGUGGAGACCUAUUUUACAACGAGGAGGAGGUCGAAGUGAUGCGCACGGAGCUCGGACAUGUGUUUCGCAACAUGGCGUGGCAGGAGCUUGAGUAUAAGCGUCAGGUACGGAUGAACAAACGACAACACCCGGUGCGCAAACCGGCAGAGGGAACAACGGAUCCAAAUGCACCAGAUGGUGAGCCGUUCAUCCAUUACUGGGAGCGCACCGACCUUGGCAUUCCGUACCACGACGCGGUCCCGGACCUCACCACACCGGAGCUGGAGCGCUUGCGGGUGGAGGUAGACCAAUUAGAGGACGAACGGCUCGCCAUACGAAAGGAGCUUGGGUUGACAGAUCUCGGCGAUAUUCGCGAAGGACGCGACCCUAUCGACAAGCCGGGCGCUCGUGAGCCUUUCCAACCACCGCCAUUGUCAUCCCGCUGGCGACCAAAAUGUUGGGAAGAGACGUGGGGUACAGGCGCCGGCAAUAAGUGGUAG